AUGGUUUCGAGUCGUGUUUCGGGUCAUACUGUGAUCAGGGUUCGAUUUCCUGAUAAUCACACAUUAGAGGCCACUUUUCAUCCAUCAGAAACCGUUCAGAGCUUGGUUGAUCUCCUCACGAAAAUAGUUGCUCGACCAGAAUUACCAUUCUACAUAUAUACUACAACUCCUAAGAAGCAGAUAAAAGACACGUCACAGGAUUUUUACUCUGCUGGCUUUGUUCCUGGUGCAAUUGUGUAUUUUUCAUAUAAUAUGCCAAAAGAUGAUGCUUCAGAUGCCAAGUCAGGUCCCUUCCUUCAGGAAGAGAUCGUGUCUUUGAAAGGUUUGGAACUCCUCACUAAACAUGCAGAGCCUGUUGAGUCUGCACCAGAAACAAUACCAGAGGCAUCACCUCCUGUUGUUCAAGAGAAGAAGCCUGCGGAGAAAAAACCUGUUAAGCCAAAGUGGCUGAAACUGUGACAUGAAUCACAUGAGUUCUGUAAAUUGAUGAGAGCAACUCCCUAUCUUUAAGAUUGUGCUGAUUCUGACCCUUAUUUGAUGGCCGCAACUUGCCGUCGGAUAAUUGUUAGGAUUUUAAAGAGAGAACUUUUGCAUAUGUGCUUUGCUAAGGUGGUUCUUAUUUUCUAAAACAAUAUAUGAAUGUUAACCAUAUAUGACAUGUCAGUGACUGUGCUUCAAAUUAUUUUGC